ACGCAAACUCGCAAGCACACACACACACCGCCGUCUCUCUCCCUCUAUCCCUUGUUCUCUCCCAUAUCUGCUGUUUUGCUCCAUCAAUCUCGAUUUUUCUCCCUCAACCGUUGUUUCCCUCGUUCAACCUUCGAUUCUCUCCCUCACCCUUGUUCUCUCCUUCAACCGCCGGUUCUCUCCCUCACCCUUGUUCUUCCUUAUCCCCUUGUUUUCUCCCUCAGCCGGAAGCUUCUGCGCAUCUCGUCCGGCAUCGACGACUUCGGCCACAUCGAGUGGCCGGUCGUCAUCGUGACCUUCGUAGUCUUCGUCUUCCUCUUCUUCUGUGUCUUCAAGGGGAUUAAGAUUCUGGGGAAAGUCGUGUGGUUCACAGCGAUUUUCCCGUUUGUCAUGCUGUUCAUUCUGCUGAUACGUGGGGUCACACUUCCGGGAGCCACGGAUGGAAUCUACUUCUACAUCUAUCCCGAGUUUAACAGACUUAAAGAGAUGAAGGUAUGGGCGGCAGCGGCCUUACAGAUCUUUUAUACCUUGGGCCCCGGAUGGGGGUCGCUCAUCUGCUUCGGUUCCUACAACAAAUUCAACAAUCGGUGCACGAGAGACGCGCUCAUUGUCCCCAUCCUGAACAGCGGCACCUCCAUCCUGGCGGGAUUCGUCGUUUUCUCGGUGCUCGGCUUCAUGGCCAAGAGAGCUGGAGUUUCUAUUGAAGAACUUGCUGUUGCUGGUCCGGCAUUGGUGUUUGUUGCAUACCCCGAGGCUCUAUCCCUGAUGCCCAUUGCCCCCAUGUGGUCCGUCCUCUUCUUCCUGAUGUUGUUUUUUGUGGGCAUAGACUCGUGUUUCGCCCACGUAGAGACUCCAGUGGGAUGUAUUAUUGAUGAGUUUCCGAAGCUGCGUCAUAAGAGAGGCUGGAUCACCUUCAUCUUCUGUUCCUUCUCCUUCUCGAUCUCGAUCCUCUUUGGAACGAGCGGUGGAAUGUACUGGAUUACACUGGUCGACUGGUACUGUGCUGUGUUCACCACUGCCGCCGUUUCUUUUUGCCAGUUGUGCAUAUUUAGUUAUAUUUAUGGUGCUGGUCGCACCGUGCAGGAUUUUCAGCUGAUGACUAAAAGUCGCAUUGGCUACGGCUGGUGGAUAGCUUUGCUGGUCGUCACUCCCGUCGUCCUUAUUAUCUUUGUGAGCUCCAUGAUGAAUCUCUCGAACGCGACAUACCAAGGUCACACGUUCCCAACCUGGGCUCAGAGCAUCGGCUGGGUCAUCGCCUUGUCCUCCCUACUGCUCAUUCCGACCUAUUUUCUCUACUUCUUUUUCUUUCGAACUGCUGGUUCACUCAAGCAGCGGAUGAAGACCUGCCUGUCCCCGUCUCCCACUUGGGGUCCAGCCCUCCCGAGCCACAGGGAGGAGUGGGUGCAGCUCCGCCUCAGGUACCCGCUGCGUCACCGCUUCUUACAUCCCGAUUUCUGUGCUACUCCAGACACCAGUGCUUCCUUGGAUGGCAUGUUGCUGGAUACAAUGUAAAUGGAACUUUUGAUAUAAUCGAAGUACACCUUCGUGAAUUGCUUACAAGUCCUAACUAAAUUAAUAACAGCUUUUAAUACGUGUCAAAAUGCAUUCGUACUAUAAUGAUAAAUAGAUGAUUCCAGGUAUUUCAAACAAGUUUUUACAUUAAUGGGCACAGUUAACAUAUUAUAUGAUACUAAAGGUUAUUAAAUUACAUUUGUUGAAAAAUCA